UCAAGGCCAUUGUUGUCAAAAGGUUAUUUUUCGGUUUUAAAACGCAGAAAAUAUAAAAAUACAACUUAAUUGUAAAUUUAAUAUGAAGAGUUGAAAUCCAAAGAUUCUGCUAUAAUAUCAGGUUCUCACGUGAGUAAAUCAUUUUGCCCAAGAAAUUUUAAAAACUGCAUCUUAAAAUCAAAAAGGAAUGUUUUUUAAUGCCAAUUAUUUUCACAGUAUUUAUGAGUAUAUUGUACAAUUAUGUUAGAGGGUCUUGUGGCAUGGGUACUAAAUAAUUAUCUAGGAAAGUAUGUAGAGAAUUUAAAUACUGAUCAGCUCAGCAUUGCAUUAUUAUCAGGUCAAGUUGAAUUAGAAAAUUUACCUUUGAAAAAGGAUGCAUUAAGACAUUUAGGACUCCCUAUUGAAAUAGAAGCUGGUUUCAUUGGUAAAAUAAUUUUGCAAAUUCCAGUAAGACAAAUUCGGUCUGCACCAUGGGUUAUCAUAAUAGAUCAACUUUAUGUUGUUGCAAGCCCAUUAUCUGUACAGGAAUGGGAUUCAAAGUUAGAACAUCUUACUGUUCACGAGCAGAAAUUGAGUGCCUUAGAUGCUUUAGAAGCACAGUGGCGCUUAGAAAUGGAAUCCAAAGAUAAUUCUGCUUACUAUUAUGCUUCAACAUAUUCAUCAUGGCUUAAUUAUGGUACUGGGCUUAUUACAGAUAUCAUAGAAAACUUACAGCUUAAAAUCCAUGAUGUGCAUAUACGAUAUGAAGAUUGCUUCAGUAUAACAAAUAAAACAGUGGCUUUUGGUGUUACCAUGGAAUCUCUUUCAGCACAAAGUUGUGACUCAAAUUGGGUACCUGAAUUUACCCACUGGCACAGCUCUGCCGCUUCCUUUAAAUUAAUAGACAUGCAAAAAUUGGCUGUUUAUUGGAUAACUUUGGAACAAGGUCAAAACUAUUCAAAUAUAGACAUGGCAGAUUUGAAGGCACUUUUAUCUCAAAUUAAAAACAGUUCAUUCAACCAACAUUACAUUUUGGAACCUGUUAGUGCUCAGGCUCAUUUAAAGCAUAACAGAAGUGAAAAACCACUGAGAUCUCUUAGCACUCCACGAAUUGUUUGUGAUCUACAAAUGGAUGAAGUUGCUUUAUCUUUAGUUGAUUGGCAGUAUGAGCAAAUUAUAAAAUGUGUUAAUGGUUUGGAUGAUAUAGCUAGACUGAGGAAAUUUAGGUUGUAUAGACCUGAGUGUUCUGUAAAAGAAGAUGCAAAAUCUUGGUGGCUUUACGCUGUAUGUUGCAAUUUUAGCGAUAAACUACCAAGUUUUUGUAAACCAAAACCUACAUGGAAUUCAUGUCUUCAACGUGCAAAAGAAAAUGUAGCAUAUGUUAAACUGUAUGUGGAUAUUUUAAGUACUCCUACUAUGGCACUUACACCGGAUAAUAAAAAAUUAAAGGAUGCAGUGGAAUGGGAUAGGGAUUAUAAUGAAUUAAAAGUCCUUAGAGAGAUUGCUAUGAGAAAAGUUCCUGCAGCAAGUCUGAAUACAAAUACUACAAAUUCAGCUGGUAGAGGUAUUCUUGUCCGAUGGUUUCCAACGUGGAUGGGGUGGUAUUCUUCAAAUUCAAAUUUAGGAACCACAGUAAGCCUUGAUCACCCUCCAAGCCAAUUGGAAGGCGAAAUAUUGGAAGCUCUUUCAGAUUCUAUAGCUAAUAAUACUCUUCUGAAAAGGGACAUGGUAUUUGGUCAAUUUAAUUUUACCUUAAACAGCGGUACCCUUAAUUUAUGUACCACAGGUGAUAACGGUAAUAGCAGUGUUCCUAUGAUAGAGUUUCAAUUCAAAAAUUUGUCGCUAAAAGUAACUAGUUGUCCUAGAACUUCGUCGCAUACUCUUGAAUUAUCUUUGGGAGCAAUUUAUCUCAGAGAUAAACUUACGGAGCACAGUUUAUUUCCUAUCCUAGUAGGGCCACCUGAUCAAGAAAGAGUAAUACAGUUGACUCGUACAAAAGGUUCUAAUCCCAAACUGUCAGCAAGAGGCGGAGGUGAAGAACGUUCUGAACCUUUAUUCAGUUUAUUAUAUGAAAAACGAUCAGAAAAUUCAGGCUGUGAUUAUAAGUUAAGUGUUAAGUCCAAAUCAUUAGAUGUAGUCUACCAACCUUUAGCAAUAAAGUGGUUAGUUGAAUUCGCGUGUCAUCCCCAUCAAACGAUAAUAACCCAAUCGAGCAUUGAAGCAAUGAAGACGCGUACUAAAAAAGAACUUAUUAAAAAUUGGGAACAAAUAAUAGAUGGAAGAUUGAGUAGCAGAAAAAGUUGGGAAUUGAAUUUGGACAUAUCAACCCCUCAAAUUAUUUUUGUAGAAAAAUUUACUGAUCCUAAUUCUGCAGUGGCUAUAGUUGAUUUUGGAAAACUUCAUCUCCAAAAUACCACUAACGUUGGAAAAAAUGAUAUAAAUGAUCUAACGAAAAAAGACAGUGAAGAUGAUGAAAUGUUUAUGACGCCUUGUUCAACUCCGCCGGGAAGCGAAGAAGAUAAUUCAGAAACAUUAACUUCUGGCGUAACCCCUCAACAGCAACAAAUUCUAGACGACGUUUUAAAUGAACAAUCUCUCCAUCAGAAACUAUAUGAAAGUUAUGCUGUCGAAUUAACCGAUCUGCAGGUUUUGAUAAGCAAGGCGAAAGACAAUUGGCGCUAUGCUCAUAAUAAAGGAACAUCACCAUUACACGUUCUAGAUCGAUUUAACAUAUCCAUGCAAAUUGAACGAUGUAUAGUACAUACAUGUGACCCUCUUUACCCUAGUUUGACUGUGAAUGCCAAUCUGCCAAAGCUUGUAGCUCACGUAAAUGAACAAAAAGUUGCAGCUGCCAAGUCACUUGUUGAUAGCGUUAGUAUUGCGGGAUUCCCAUCUCCAUUUAGCACACCUGAAAACAUAGAUUUAGAAAAUACAAUUUUCUCUGAUGAAGAUGAAUCAUCAAGUUUGGACAUGAGUUUAGAAAUGUCCAGAUUGUUAAUCUUCCAAUUUUCUAUUGACCAAUUGGCGUUAGAGGUACAAAGUAGAGGUCGAAGUAUAGCUGAACUUCAGGUAGCUGGCGUUAGGGCUUCAUUCAGCAGGAGACCCGUUGACAUCAGCAUUAAUCUCUCCGUUCACAGUCUACUACUUGUUGAUGCUUUGCAAACAUUCGGACCUGAUUUUGAACUUCUAGUGGCUAGUCAUAAACACGUAGGAAUGGAUUCGAUGUCUGGAAGUCUUAGAGAUAGUGAACCAACAUCUCCAACGUCUCCUGCUAGUCCUGAUCCUGGACAUGUCUCUUCUAUGAGUAUAACAUCUCCAUUGGCUAUUACACAAGCUCUAAGUAAUUUGACAUCAUCUCCUCCACAUUCGUUUGUCCCUUCUCCUCUUCCGCGACUUACAACUGCAUUGGAUUCUGAAGCGUUGAUUACCGUGGAAAUAGUUUUGAUAACGGGACUGGAACCAAUGCAUAUUGCUAAUAUUCAAUUCAACAAUCUUGAUAUAAUUGCUAACCAAGAAACCAUUGUGGAACUUAUGGGAUUCACACAUCGGGUAUUCCCAGAUAUUAAUAAUAAGAAAUACACCGGAUUGCAAGUGAGACGACCUGAGGUUACUGCAUCAACUGAUACAAUUGAUGCCCCUGACGAAUUAACUCCUUCAUCUAAUAUUCGUCGCACAGAAAUCACAUUUGACUUUCAUAGACUCAAUGUUUUACUUUUGAGAGGCGUUGUUAAAGACGGUUGUCUUAUUGGAAAAAAAAUUGCAACAGCAAGUAUGUGCGAAGCCAGAAUACAGGCAACUGUUGACAAGGGGGUAUUGGUAGAGGGAUCUUUGGGAGGUCUGCAAAUGGUUGAUUUAACCUCAGAAGGUCAAAUUCAUCAAAGAAUUGUUAGCGUGGGUCAUGACCCCCUCUCUGAAACUCCGCAUCCGAUGUAUUUGAUGUCCCAGGCCAACCAGGACAAAGUGCAUAAAGCAUUUAGUUUUAAGAUAAAAAGGGACGUCAAAUCUUCUGAAAAUGAUAUAGCCGAUAUUUCUAUAAGAAUGGCAUCAGUAUGGUAUACACAUUCGCCAACAUUUAUAGGAGAAUUUCAGUCUUGUGCCACCGAAUUUAAACAGUAUUUUGCCAAUUUGGCCAGGUCAAUAAGGGCAGCAGCUACUGACAUGGCUUUAGGGCUGGUGCAAUCAAAAACUGAAGCAUUAGCCCAAUCACUCUAUAUUAACUCAAGAUUAUCGUCUUCCCUGUAUGGAAGUGCCAUGUCGUUUUCAGAUGCACUAACACCAAGAAAACGUUUUCGACGUUCCAGUUCCAAUCAAGAUCCUAGUGAGGGAGUUACUGGUUACUUCUCUGCAAGAGACACUGUUGAUCAAACCCCUUACAGUCCAGAAGACGAUGAAGAUAUUGUAAUAAACAUAAAAUUAGAUGUAGUCUUGGAUAGUCCUGUUGUUAUAUUACCAAGGUCGAGUAACAGUCCCGAAGUAUUCGUUGCUCAUUUAGGAAAAAUUUCAGUCACAAAUCGCAACGAAACUCCUGAAAACGGCAAAUGGAAUAUUAGGACAGAGUACUAUAAUGUCGAAGUGAGAGAUAUGAAUCUUUAUUCCUUAGAUACGAGUUCCAGAAGAACACCAGGUCCUAUAAUGAGUAAAGUGGAUACUUUGUAUGCGUGUGAUUCACUGGCAAAACCGAUUCUGUACGAUACCAUUUUACAGUUGAAUAUUGAGCGCGAAGUUAACAUAGAUCCGCAGUGUAGACAUCGGAGUUUGUCAAACUUGUUAGAGGAGGAUUACCAAACCGAUUGUCAACCUUAUGAUGACGUCGCUGUUCUCGAGAAUAUUCAAAUUUCCGGUACAUUCGUAACUUCGCUUAAACUAUCGCUAACUCGUACGCAGUACGAACAGCUGCUGGCUACUUUACAAUUUCUAACGACUUCGUUUAAUUUGAAUAAUACUGAAGAAACUCCUCGGGCAAGUUCCCGCAACGUAUCUUCUCUUGCAGAUAUUUGUGAGGAAGAUACAGGGGUUACUACCCUUAAGAUGGAUCCCCACGUCCGGGCGAAAAUGUUUACUGCGGCCCCCUCACUCAAAAGCAAAACAUCCAAAAAACGACUAGUCACUCUGAAAAUUCUUUUCGAUCUUCCUUUAUUUACUAUUGAACUUCGGGGAGAUUCACCUACAGGGGAGCAAGGUUUGGUUGAUUUAUCUUUCCGAGAUUUUGUAUUAAAUUAUGAAAAAUGUCAUCCUUAUGAAACCAAUAUACAGGUAUCUUUGCGUUCUGUAACAAUGGAGGACCUUCUUCAAGCCCAAGAAUCGAAACAACGAGUAAUGGUUAUUUCUUCGGACGGGGGUUUGCCCUGUAAACCAUCGUGUGUAUCUAGAUCAUGUCCAGAAGGUUUUGGAUAUUUUCCGACCCAAAGUAUGUCCCACUGUUCCUUACCUGAUCAUUUAGAACCAGCCAAAGUUUUGGGAGUAGAUAUGCUCAGUAAAAUUUCCCGUCAUGCUGAAAAGCGCGUUAAUGGUUGUCCUGACACACCCCCUCCUUCUCCCAGUGCGAAAGAGAGACCUCAAAAAAACCUUGUGCUAAUUUCAACACUUUUAGUUGAUCCUAGUGCUCCUAAUUUUAAAACACAUUAUAACUCGGUUGAAAGAUCGACAUCUGUUGAUUUUAAUUGCCUUGAUUUAGUAGUUAAUGUAGAAUCAUGGGUAAUUGUUAUAGACUUCUUUAGUGUGACUCCUUCUGAUUACAAACAGGCUCAUAGAAAGGACGAAGAAUCAAAGGCAUUCACUAAAAAUAUUGUAGAAAAAGAAAACGAGGAAACUAACAUUUCGAUACGCUCCCUUAAUGUAGUAUUGGUUAAACCUCAAAGCGAUCUCGCAAAAGUAAAUAUCUCCCACGUCGAAGUUUGCAUUAAAACUGAUGGAAUCCAGAAAGAAGUGAAAGGACAUUUAGGUUCUAUGUCUCUAUUAGAUUUAACACUACAUGGUCAGUUAUAUAAAGAAAGAUUUUUAACAUCUGGAAAACAAGCUUUGCUUUUUAUUUAUACGAGAUUUUCUCCGAACAAAGUCUUAAAUUUUGAUGCACAACUUAAAUUGGAAAUGUCCUCAGUUUCAUAUGUUCACACGAAACGUUUUGUGGCAGAACUACAAGCGUUUUUUAAUCGUUUUACCCACCUACAAGCAGUAAUGCAAAGUAUUAGGACUGCAACUAGUAGACAACAAAAUACGAAUGAAAUUAAAAAAUUAUCCGUAAUUUUGGAAGCGGAAGCUCCGGUUCUCUAUUUGCCAGUUAGUUCAAAAAGUUCUGACCUGUUGAUAGCUGAUUUAGGGCAUUUAAUUGUUACCAACGAUUUUAAAUAUUCUGACAAUGAAGGUGUAAUUAGUGUUGUAAAAAACAAAGAAGCAGGCAAAAAGUGUUUAUUGGAUAUAAUGUUCAUUGAACUUCAAAACGUAGACUUAUUCACCGGAGUUAGGGAGACAAGUUCUAGUAAAACAAAGACCAUAAAUGACACUCACGUGAUUUUAGGAAGUUCUGUUAUAAGACGAAAUGGUGCAUCCCUUUUGAAAAACAAAUGUCACCUAAAAAUACAAGUGGAAAGAAAUCUAUUCAGCGAUAUUUAUCAUACUGUUCCAGAUAUGAGUAUACAAGGGGAAUUAUCGACUUUAGACAUUACAGUGGACGUACAACAAUAUAAACUUAUCAAAGGGUUACUUUUUUACAAUUUGGGAGAGUGUACUGAACACAUUUUACCCUCUGUUUCAAAGUCUAAUUUGGAAGUAAUAAAGCCAAGUGAAAAUGUAUGGACACUUCUCUCCAUAAAAUUCAAUCUGAUGAAUGUAGUACUUGAUUUACAUACAAAUUACAAGUCUGAACCUAUAGCUCGUGUGAAUUUUAUCAAAUCGCAACUCACUGUUGAGUCCUUUAGUAAUUUUAGUCAAGAUGUUGAUUUAGUAUCUCAAGAGAUCGUAGUGAUAGAUACUAGAUCUCAAAACGAAAAUUCCAACAAGCAAAAUGUAUUUACAAACAUUCUGCAAUCCAUCGUCUUCAAUUGCCAAGACGAUCUUGUUCAAUUAGAGGUUCAUAGUAGGAAAAAGCAGGACAAAACGAAAUUCACUAUUCUUUUGAAUAACAUGCGCUUGAUGACAAUCUUUGAUUGGUGGGAGUCUGCAGCGAAAUUUAUUUUUGCAAAUUAUGAAGAGGAGCAGCCAACCUCACCUACUCACGAAUCUUCUAGUUUGAAGAACGAAAAAGGAUCGUUUGAAUUAAAACUCAAUAUUACAGAUUCUGAGAUUGUCAUGGUGCAAGACAUUUCUCAGUGGGACACAAAUGCUGUAAUUUUAAAGGUAUUCAGGAAAAUAAUUUUCACAUUAAUGUUUGAUUUUCAUAUACAUUAUAAAGAUAAUUAUUUUUCUAGGGAUGCCCAGGGCCGAAUAUAUUUUCUGCGAAUGGAAGUGGUGUUGGAGGGGGCAACGUUUUUCGUUAUAUUCGCAGAUGCAGAUACUAUGCCACCACCAAUAAGAGUAGACAAUUUUUCUGAAGUGCCCUUAACGUUUUGGCAGACAUGCUGUAAAGAUUUGUUGCGCUGUAAUGUUCGCGCUCAUACAAGCAUACCCUACGCCUGGGAUGAACCUACAGGAUCUUCAUUUUUGACCGUUUCGGCUCCUGGAGGUGUUUCCAACAAUUAUGAUAUGAAUAAAAUUGGAAAUGUACCCCAACUCACUUACGAAAACUUUAUUUAUAUCGCCUUUGCGGGGACUUUUAAAGAUGGAGAAGAUGUCCUAAAUGACCCAAUGGAUGUCGAGAACCAACAGUUAGUCCUAGAUGUGGUCAAUAGCAAGCAGGUGAUACUGAAUCGCAAAAUUCCCGGUCAGCGAUCACAAUUGUGGCGUAUGACAGCAUCGGGUCAGUUGCAACAUGAAGGUAGCAGCCCACCAUCCCAUCCGCAGCAACCCAGAUCAGAUAAUGUAUUGGUUUUGGACAUUGAAGGACCAGCUCCACAACCGAAUACAUACAACAGAUUAAUGCUGCGCAAACCCGAUUCUAGACGUCGAUCGACUCAAACGUGGCGGUUCACCGACGAUGGCCGUUUGUGUUGUGCCCAUUAUAAAAUGUGCGUGCAAGCCCAGGAUGGAUUCUUUGGGUUAAGACCUGGGAACGCAGCAAUACUAGGGCUUCCUCAGCCAAUAUGUCAUCGUACAACUGAAACAGGUAUUCCUCUGGAACAAGCUGUUACCCGGCAAAGAUUGAGACCAGGUUCGGGUGUAUUAUCAGUUGAAAUAUCGACCGACGGUCCUACACGUGUCCUUAAUAUUAGGGAUAUGCAUGAAAAAAGCGUUUAUGCUGUACCAGAUGAGCGUGAAUGGAAUAAAAUAGUUAAAAAGCAAAGACCAAAGUUCACACGUUAUAGUAAUCAAGAUGACGAUGAUGCUAAGAAAACAGAGUAUCAGUGUACCCUUAAAUUAGCUGGGGUGGGAAUCAGUGUUGUUACUAGGAAACCAUUUGAAGAGCUUUUAUAUGCCAAGUUUGAAACAAUUGUGGGAGAAACUGUAAUUACAAAAAUUGCUAGAACAUUUUGCAUCAGUGUGAGAGAUAUUCAGGUCGACAAUCAGCUUUUAGACACUACAGUGCCUGUUCUGCUGUAUGUAACACCUCCAAAAACUAAUAGAAAUGAUGAUGAAUACUAUAAGCUUCCAGCAUUAGAUAUUUCAACAGAAAUUCAACCAACCCCUAAUGAAAAUGCUGUCAUUUUCAAACAUCUGAUUGUAAAUUUGAAAAAGCUAACAAUUAAUCUUGAAGAGAAAUUUAUCUUAAAACUUUUAAGUUUUAUUGAAAUAGGAUCAAAAGAAGAAGAGACAAUUCCAGACUCCACAAGUGAAUAUGAUUAUGACAUGCAAAGGAUGUUGUCAGAAGUAUCAGCUUCUUAUGCUAAAAGGUAUUACUUUGGUGUAAUACAUUUAGUGCCUAAUCAAAUCAAGCUCAGUAUGAAAACUGCAAGUAAACUACCUCCAGAGUUAAAAGCUGUUAAAAGAAAGUGGGAUAUUCCCUUUAUUAAAUUUGAAGAUGCUUUAGUAGAUCUGAAACCAUUUGUAAGAAGGCAUCCUUUCGAAACCGCUCAAUUUCUGCUCAACUCGAUAAAAAAGCAUUUCAAAGACGAAUUAAUAUGGCAAGCAGCAAUCAUUUUGGGUUCGGUCGAUGUAUUGGGUAAUCCUGUAGGAUUUAUGAACGACGUAUCUGAGGGAGUUUCAGGAUUUUUUACCGAAGGUUCGGUACGCACUUUGGUCAAAAACGUCACGCACGGUCUUUCGAAUUCCGCAGCUAAAGUGACCGAAUCAAUUUCGGAUGGAUUAGGACGCGUUACCAUGGACGAUGAGCAUGAAGAGAUGCGUCAACGCAUUCGACAAGUGGAGCCCGGGAAGAGUGGUGAUCACUUAUUAGCCGGGAUCAAAGGUUUAAGUUUUGGGAUUCUGGGUGGAGCAACGAGCAUAUUUAAACACGUUUACGAAGGCGCUGCAAACGAGGGUAUUCAAGGGGUAUUUUCGGGACUUGGGAAGGGACUGGUUGGGACAGUCACAAAACCAGUAGUGGGAGUACUGGAUUUAGCAUCAGAAACUGCAAGAGCUGUCAGAGAAACUAGCAGAAGCCGGAUCAGCCCUGACCGAUCAAGAUUGCCUCGUUGUGUAUGGGGAACAGGUGGUUUACUUCCCCCCUACAGUAAAAAGCAAAGCAAAGCGCAACAACUUUUGUACACGGUUAGUGAUAGGAAUUUUUCUGAACAUCUGGUGGCGUUUGAACGUUUGAAUUCUGAAGACUUGAAAAUACUUGUUUCGAAUCAAAAAAUAUGGAUAGUGGGCCUCAAUACUGUUCAACUAGAAGUUUAUUUAAGCGAUUUACAACAGUGUCAACCCGUGACUGUCUCAGAAGGUUCUGAUAGUCGCUAUUAUAUAGAAAUAACGAUGAAAGUAUCGAAUGCAAAUAGUACUGCCCUUUAUCAAGAUGCUAUAAAAAGGCCAAUAAUUCGCUGCGACUCGUAUGACUUAGCUCGGUGGGUAUCACAACAAGUCAACUAUGCCAAACGCUUAUAUGAUGAAAGACUGCAUACUCUGACUAGUGACGUUUUGCAAGUCGAAGAAUAAAAGACUGCAGUUUUCAUACUUAAAAGAUCUAUAUAAAUGAACUGUCAUGUUCAAGCUAUCCCAGCUGAUUAAUUUCUUUUUAGAAAAAGAAAUUCUGUCGCCAAAGCUAUUUAUAUUUGUUGUUUUUAUAAUAACAGAAAAGUCCAAAUGUUAGUUCUCAAAUUCAGUAUAAUUGAUUGGUGCCUUAAUUUACGUAGUUAUUUUGUUACGAUUAGUCGUUUUGAUACUUUUCUUAAUGGUAUUAUUAUUAUUAUUAUUAAUUUUGCUGUUAUUAUUUAUUAAAAAUACUUUUAUCAAAG